CCCUUGGCGCCGGGAGGUGGAGUGUGCCCCGGCUUCCCACUUGGACUCAGUCCUCUGCAGCACCCACCCGGAGCUCCCCGUCCCCGGCCCGUCGCCGCCCGCUCGGCCCGACCCGGCGGCUGCAAGUUUAACCCGGGCUGCCCUGGCCCCCGCCGCCGCUCCGCCCGCUUACCUAGGCCCGGAUCCCCAGCUAAAGGCCCCGCCAGCAAGCGGAGACACGGGCAGCCGCUGCCCCGAAGGGACGCCCCCUCCCCGGCCGGUCGCUUGUGGGGCCGCCGCAGUUCCCGCACUGCCCGCCGGGCGGCGCCCCAGCGCCUCUCCGGGCGCCUCCCGCGCUGCCCGCUCCCGGCUCGCUCGCAGCCGGACACAGACUCUGCCUUCGGCUGCUGGCGGAUCGAGCUGGAGCCGCCGCCGCUGCAGCGGAAGAAAAAAAAAAAAAAAAAAAAAAAAAAAAAAAAAGGAAAACAACAGCCGGGCCGCCGGCCGAGCAGCGUCGGGUCCCCGGCUCGGCGCCCAGAGUGCGGAGCCGCCCAGAUAUCCUGUGAGUACCUACUAUGUGCCAACCUGUGCCAGGCACUGGGGACACAGGUGGAAAAGUCCAAGUUGUUCCUUGCUUUUCUGGUUUUCAUCGUCCCAGAGCGUUAUGUCAUGCCCAGACCAGCAGAGGGCUCCAUGAGGAGUUAUAGAAGAUGCCCCGUGUCUCGGCUCCUUUGGUGCUGCUUCCCGCGUGGCUCCUGAUGGUCGCCUGUAGCCCACAUUCCCUGAGGAUCGCCGCUAUCUUGGAUGACCCCAUGGAGUGCAGCAGAGGGGAACGGCUCUCCAUCACCCUGGCCAAGAACCGCAUCAACCGCGCACCAGAGAGGCUGGGCAAGGCCAAGGUCGAAGUGGACAUCUUUGAGCUCCUCAGAGACAGCGAGUAUGAAACUGCAGAAACCAUGUGUCAGAUCCUCCCCAAGGGAGUGGUUGCUGUCCUGGGACCAUCGUCCAGUCCAGCCUCCAGCUCUAUCAUCAGCAACAUCUGUGGAGAGAAGGAGGUCCCUCAUUUCAAAGUGGCCCCAGAGGAGUUUGUCAGGUUCCAGCUGCAGAGAUUCACCACCCUGAACCUUCACCCCAGCAACACCGACAUCAGCGUGGCUGUGGCUGGGAUCCUGAACUUCUUCAACUGCACCACCGCCUGCCUCAUCUGUGCCAAAGCAGAAUGCCUUUUAAACCUGGAGAAGCUGCUCCGGCAGUUUCUUAUCUCCAAGGACACACUCUCGGUCCGGAUGCUGGACGACACACGGGACCCCACUCCACUCCUCAAGGAGAUCCGCGACGACAAGACAGCCACUAUCAUCAUCCAUGCCAACGCCUCCAUGUCCCACACCAUCCUCCUGAAGGCAGCUGAACUAGGGAUGGUGUCAGCCUAUUACACAUACAUCUUUACAAAUCUGGAGUUCUCCCUCCAGAGAAUGGACAGCCUUGUGGAUGAUAGAGUUAACAUCUUAGGAUUUUCCAUUUUCAACCAGUCCCAUGCCUUCUUCCAAGAGUUCUCCCAGAGCCUCAACCAAUCCUGGCAGGAGAACUGUGACCACGUGCCCUUCACUGGCCCUGCGCUGUCCUCAGCCCUGCUGUUUGACGCAGUCUAUGCUGUGGUAACAGCAGUGCAGGAACUGAACCGGAGCCAGGAGAUUGGCGUGAAGCCCCUGUCCUGUGGCUCAGCCCAGAUCUGGCAGCAUGGCACCAGCCUCAUGAACUACCUGCGCAUGGUAGAAUUGGAAGGUCUUACCGGCCACAUCGAAUUCAACAGCAAAGGCCAGAGGUCCAACUAUGCCUUGAAAAUUUUACAGUUCACCAGGAACGGUUUUCGGCAGAUUGGCCAGUGGCAUGUGGCAGAGGGCCUCAGCAUGGACAGCCGCCUCUACGCCUCCAACAUCUCUGACAGUCUCUUCAACACCACCCUAGUUGUCACCACCAUCCUGGAAAACCCGUACUUAAUGCUGAAGGGGAACCACCAGGAAAUGGAAGGCAAUGAUCGCUACGAGGGCUUCUGUGUGGAUAUGCUCAAGGAGUUGGCUGAGAUUCUACGGUUCAACUACAAGAUCCGCCUUGUCGGGGAUGGCGUAUAUGGCGUACCCGAGGCCAACGGCACCUGGACGGGCAUGGUCGGGGAGCUGAUCGCUCGGAAAGCUGAUCUGGCUGUGGCAGGCCUCACCAUCACAGCUGAACGUGAGAAAGUGAUUGAUUUCUCCAAGCCAUUCAUGACGCUGGGAAUUAGUAUUCUUUACAGAGUUCAUAUGGGACGCAGACCGGGCUAUUUCUCCUUUCUGGACCCCUUUUCUCCAGGAGUCUGGCUCUUCAUGCUUCUGGCUUAUCUGGCGGUCAGCUGUGUCCUCUUCUUGGUGGCUCGGUUAACUCCGUAUGAGUGGUACAGCCCACACCCUUGUGCGCAGGGCCGGUGUAACCUUCUGGUCAACCAGUACUCCCUAGGUAACAGCCUCUGGUUUCCUGUGGGAGGCUUCAUGCAGCAAGGCUCCACCAUCGCUCCUCGUGCCUUGUCCACCCGCUGUGUCAGUGGUGUUUGGUGGGCAUUCACACUGAUCAUCAUCUCAUCCUACACGGCCAACCUGGCAGCCUUCCUGACUGUGCAGCGCAUGGAAGUGCCCAUUGAGUCAGUGGAUGACCUGGCUGACCAGACCGCCAUUGAGUAUGGCACGAUUCACGGAGGCUCCAGCAUGACCUUCUUCCAAAAUUCCCGUUACCAGACCUACCAACGCAUGUGGAAUUAUAUGUAUUCCAAGCAGCCGAGCGUGUUUGUGAAGAGCACGGAGGAGGGGAUUGCCAGGGUGUUGAACUCCAACUACGCCUUCCUGCUGGAAUCCACCAUGAAUGAGUACUAUCGACAGCGAAACUGCAACCUCACUCAGAUUGGGGGCCUGCUGGACACCAAGGGCUAUGGGAUUGGCAUGCCAGUCGGCUCAGUGUUCCGGGACGAGUUCGACCUGGCCAUUCUCCAGCUACAGGAGAACAACCGCCUGGAGAUUCUGAAGCGGAAGUGGUGGGAAGGGGGAAAAUGCCCCAAGGAAGAGGACCACAGAGCCAAAGGCCUAGGAAUGGAGAAUAUUGGUGGAAUCUUUGUGGUUCUUAUUUGCGGCUUAAUAGUGGCCAUUUUUAUGGCUAUGCUGGAGUUUUUAUGGACUCUCAGACACUCAGAAGCAUCAGAGGUGUCCGUGUGUCAGGAGAUGGUGACAGAGCUGCGCAGUAUCAUCCUGUGCCAGGACAAUAUCCACCCCCGGCGGCGGCGCUCCGGAGGCCUGCCACCCCAGCCCCCGGUCCUGGAGGAGCAGCGUCGGCCCCGGGGCACAGCAACGCUCAGCAAUGGCAAGCUGUGUGGCGCCGGGGAGCCCGACCAGCUGGCGCAGAGACUGGCGCAGGAGGCCGCCCUGGUGGCCCGCGGCUGCACGCACAUCCGCGUGUGCCCGGAGUGCCGCCGCUUCCAGGGCCUGCGGGCGCGACCGUCGCCGGCGCGCAGCGAGGAGAGCCUGGAGUGGGACAAGACCACCAACAGCAGCGAGCCGGAGUAGUGGUGGCGAAGGACCGCGGAGCCAGGCGGGGAGGCGGGAGGGCGGACCUCACAGCACCGUUCUCUCCGGAUUCAAGAUUCAAUCACUUUACAAAGUGAUCAGAGCCUGACGCCCCAGCAGGAGCUGGAUCCCCCCGCCCCCGUGGGAGAGUGGGUCUAUCCGAGACGCUGCACCCACGUGGCAGAGAUGCUGUCGCUCGUGGGCACAAGGACCCAUCUCCUCCCAGAGGGCCUUCCCUCACACCCAAAUAACAUGGAGUCUGGGUAACGGGGGGGGGGGGGGGCGAGGAGAGAAGUCUAAGAAACGGAUGGCAUCAUCAUUUGGGUUCCCCCCCUAGGAAGGGGCUAUUGUACCAUGGGUCUAGUUCUUACAGGAGAAAGAAAUUAAACUCAACAGGGAAGUCGUUCUUUUCUGAA